AAGAGAGUCUCGAAGUAAAAUUUUUUCAGUUCAUUUACAAACUUCAAUCAUAUCGGAUCAUUAAAGUUCCACGAGAGUCACAAACUUUCUUAUUAUCUUUAUUUAAUUUUAAAAAAAGAGUUUGACAAUAAAACUUGUUAGUAGAUGAAUUUUUAAAAGCAGUAGCAUUGUGCAGGAAAGAUAAAUAACUAACAAAAUAUUUCGAUGGUUGAUUGAAACAUUUUAUUCAAAAAAGUUCCUGACAUUAUUUUGUUUUAGUGUUUGAAUAUCAAAAAAAUUAAAAUUAGUUUUUCACACAAGAGAGACUAAAAUGAGGAAAGCUUUAAUUGCAGUUUUAUUAAAAUUCAUGUUUUUUCUAACAAAAGAUGUAAAAGCAUUAGAAGAAACAACCAAUGUGGUUGAAAAUAUUACACAAAUCAUUUUAUUAACAACGACAGUACCAUCUAAGAUUAGUGAAAAUUCGACAAUUUUGAUAAGUGAGGAAAAUUCAACUUUUCAAACAAAUACAACCUUCGAAACAACAACGACUGAAUCAAGUCAACCUUCAACUGAAGCAGAAGCCUUAUUGAUUCCACCAGCUACUGUACCAGCACAAAUCAAUAGAGUCGAACCAUCAAAAAAACCUUCGAGGAUACAAGCUGCACUAGCUCCCGCUGAAGGUUGUCCGUCAUUUGAAAAUGCGGAUUCGUUAACUCAAACUCAACUUUUUAAACGACUGACUCAUCCAUGUCGCUUCGAUCGCAUCCAAAGGCCAGAACCAAAAGAUGAUAAGGGCAGAGUUCUGCCUGUCAAUGUCUACACACGAGCUUACAUUUAUUACCUUCAAAAUCUUGAAGCGCAUGAUUUACAGUUUAAGAUUCAAGCGCUUUUGCAAUUUCGCUUUGUGGAUCCUCGUUUAGUGUUUAAAGAAGUUUCAAAGCGUACAAUUCCGAUUGUUGGAGAAGAUGAUCUCAGAAAAGAGCUUUGGGUGCCUCACAUUUUCUUUGCAAAUGAAAACGACCUUCGUCACGGAGCAUUCGCUGGAAAUUAUAGUUCAUUGAGUUUCACUGUCACUUUGAGUCGACAAAUGGGAUUUUAUCUCAUUGAUUAUUUUCUUCCAUCGAUGAUGAUUGUCGCGAUAUCUUGGGUGACAUUUUGGCUUCAAGCUGAUCAGACGGCGCCUCGUAUUAUGUUGGGAACCACAACGAUGUUGACUUUCAUUACUCUAGCAUCGGCUCAAGGCAAAACAUUACCUAAAGUUAAUUACAUUAAAGCAUCGGAAAUUUGGUUUAUGGGCUGCACAGGAUUCAUUUUUGGGACGUUAGUAGAAUUUGCAUUUGUUAAUACAAUUUGGCGUCGUCGAAAGAAUGUUGAAUUGAAAAAGGUCAACACAUCAAAUAUAUUGAAACAAACUUUGACACCAAGGCCAAUGAGAAAAGAAAUGGCAAGCAUCAAUAGCAGUCCCAAUACUUUGCAAAAAUCUCACUCGUGUUCAAGUAUAAAAGAUCAAGUGAAGGAUAAAUCACCGAUGAAUCACCGAAAGUUCAAGUUUGAUAACAGCUUAACAGUUCAAGGUUUAGGAUCUAUUCCAACAAUAAUGACUGAAAGUGUCGAUGAUUUCAAACCAUUUUCCAAUGGUGGGAUGUCACAUGGAAACAGCACAGUAUCUGUAACGAUAGAUGCACCUACGGAACAGAGAGAAGAAGAAUUGCCUAAAAACAUAACGUGGACGACAAUGACACCACAACAGAUUUCCAUUUGGAUUGAUAAGAUGAUAAAAAUUGUGAAUUUUUUAAUUUUAAUGCAAUUUGCAUUUGUUGUUUCAAUAAAAAAUGAAACUCAUGAAGCUUCAGAAAAUAAUUCAACACUAAAUGUAGAUAAAGUGAUUUCAUUAGUUAAACUCAAAGAUGCUGUAUCAUUGAAAGAAUGCCCGCCAUUGACAAAUGCGGAUUCUUUAACUCAAACGCAAUUUUUCGAACGUCUUGUGCAUCCAUGUCGCUAUGACCGUAUUCAACGAGCUAAACCGCAUGAUGAAUCCGGAAAGAUUGUCCCAGUUGACGUCUUUGUGCGCUUUUACGUAUAUUUUUUACAGAAUCUCGAUGCACACGACCUUCAAUUUAAAAUGCACGCAUUGCUGCAGUUUCGUUAUUACGAUCCACGAUUGUCGUUCAGCAAAAUAUCAAAUCGAACUAAUUCAAUUUUAGGCGAAGACGACUUAAGAAAGCAACUUUGGAUGCCGCACAUUUUUAUAGCUAAUGAAAAAGAAUCUGGAAUACUUGGGACAUACGAUAAAGAUAUUUUGACGUCAAUCACACCUCAUGGAAUUGUGACAAUUUACACAAGAAUUCAAGCGUCAAUCUUUUGUUCAAUGGAUUUAAGAAAAUUUCCAUUUGAUAAGCAGCAUUGCAAAACUGUCCUUGAAAGUUGGAAGUACAACACGUCAGAAAUGAUGCUUCGAUGGGAAUCAAAUACACCAAUUAAAUUAGGUCCAAAUCAAAGAUUGACUGAAUACUUAUUAACUGGAACUUUCACUAAUGAAAGUAUCGUCAAUGCUGACUUAAAUGAAUUAAGUCAUGGUGAUCUAACAGGUAAUUACAGCACCUUGAGCUUCACUUUUCUGUUGAGUCGACAAAUUGGAUUCUACAUGAUUGACUACUUCGUUCCAUCGAUGAUGAUUGUUGCAACAUCGUGGGUUACAUUUUGGCUUCAAGCUGACCAAACAGCACCACGUGGCAUGUUAGGUUGCACAACAAUGUUGACUUUCAUAACAUUAGCCACUUCUCAAGGGAAAUCUCUGCCUAAAGUUAGUUACAUUAAAGCAUCGGAAAUUUGGUUUUUUGCUUGUUUAACAUUCAUUUUUGCAAGCUUAGCUGAGUUUGCUUUUGUCAACAUUAUUUGGAGACGAAGAAAAUAUGUUGAACUGGAAAAAGUUAACACAUCAAACAUUUUAAAAGAAACUCUGACGCGAAAGAUUUCAUCUUCAUUAUUUAAAGUGGAACAUGAAUCACCAAACAGCGAAAGAUCUUGCACAGCUAAUGUAAGAAGACAUUCUGAUGACGAGAAAGUUAAAUUCAGAUAUGGAAAUCACUUAACAGUAGAUGAUGCCUACAUGCCUCGUAUUACAGUGACAGAGAAGGAUCAUUAUGAAGAAUUUGAUCGUGACGAUAAGAAAGGUGAAUCCUCACAAACAGAUGACGAAGCGUCUCGUGAAGCUUCAUUUACAACAAUGACUCCACGAGAAAUCUCAAAUUGGAUUGAUAGACGAUCUCGAGUAUUCUUCCCUUGUGCUUUCAUUGUUUUCAACAUUUGUUAUUGGACAUUCGUCAACAUUGAGUUUCGUAAACCAUUUUAAAUAUUUUUGUCCUGCAACUUCCAAGCAAAAACUUAAAAUUUUUCUAAUUUAUUCAAUAUUUUUGUUUUAUUGCCAGAUGAAAUAAAAAUAACUUAAAAUAAGUCACAAGUAUGUUGAUUGUUGAAAAAUGUACUACAUAAAUAAUUUUUGGUGCCUUACUUAAGGAAAUUAUAAAAUAAAAUUGUGAACCAAAUUAUUAAAAAUUGGAACUUAAUUGUUAGUGAUAAAAUAAACCACAGACUGGAAGUUUUUCACAUAAAUUUUCUUGUUCUACGACAAUUACUUACAAAGAUGUUCACCUAUUUCUUUUACUCUCACUCAAUUGUUGGUAAAUAAAAUUUUUCAAUAAAAAAAUGAGUUUCUUAAUGUAAAAAAUUUAACAAAAUCAUUAUUUUUGGAUGUUACAUUUGACAAGGUUUUAAAUGACUGGCAUUUGCGGUAUUUAAGUUUAUAAAUUUAAAACAGAAUUUUAAUGGAAGGUUGAUAUUUAGGUAAUCAUUUGUUAAGUAGAUAUUUGAUAACAAAUUCAAUAAAAAAUAAAUUAAAGAACUAUUUUCAUUUGUUGCUGUUUCUAAAAAAAGUACAUACGUUGUUGAUAUUUAUAUUAAGAUUUACACAGAUUAACUGCUUGUCAAAAAAUAGUUUGACUAGAAACUCUUGGUUACAUGCAUUUUCAAUCUUAUUUCCAACUACAUUCGAUAUCAUGUCAUUACAGAUCAAGUUAUGUAAAAGUAAACUUUUAAAACUACUUUAGUGCAAAAUUUCUAAUUUCAUGCAUCUUUGGCACAACUAUUUAUAUUUUAAAAGUCAUGGAAAAUCGUGCACAUUAAUGAAGUUUAUCUUGAUUGAGAUAAGUUUAAUUAAGAGCGUUAAUCAAUUUUACGCUUUCAUUAAUUUGCAGAGUUGUGUCGACAAGUUUUACUUACAAACUUACAUAGAAUGUAAAAUGAGUCAAAGCACAACUCUGAUAAUUAGACAACAUCCGAUCUCAUUAUAAAAACAUUUUAAAGAUUCUUUAAAAAUCGUUGCGGGUAUCCAAAUCUCAGAUCAAGUCAUGUUGAUGUCAAAUUUUGAUUAAUUUAUUUACUUUAGAAAAGAAAAAUGGCACACUCACGGUAUUUUUUACAUUUUCCAUUUUCUUGAGCCUUUUUCAUUGUGGUUAGUUAGAAAACCUAAUUUUAAAACAUGUUUUACUGUAUUCUAAUAUUCUCACGUAGUUUAAAUUUUGUCAUUAUUGUAUUGUUUCAUUAUUAUAAUGAUUAUUAAUUAUGCUUUCAUACUUUUCAUAUCAGCAUCUUAAUCAGGUUUGAAAAUCGGCGAACUAAAUGAAGUUUACCGAUUUCAGACCCAGAUACAAGUCAAAUAUUCUGUAAUGCAAUAAAUUUGGUAUAAAAAUUGAAUCUCAUAAGUCCGAAACUUCCAAAGGUUUCGGUUGCAUUUUGAUCCACUUGACAACUUAAAAUUAUUUUUUGUUAUUCAAGAAUCU